GCUGAGGUUGGUAUUUAGUAGCGGUUACAAAAUUUGAACAAGAAAAAAAAGAAAACUAUCCAUCCCUCACUCACUAACCGCCACAACUCCCAAAUUUCCUCGUCUCUCAACUGCUUAUAAUUCACCCUUUCUCCAAACAUGAACUACGUAACCAUUUAAUUUAAUAAUAAUAAUUUCUCGUUUUGACAGAAAAAAAAGUUGGUCUUCAAUCAAUGGCGUCCCUGAAAUCCUCCAUCACUCCCAUCGCUUUGAGAUCAUAUUUGGCUGAGUUCAUUUCCACAUUCAUCUUUGUCUUCUCUGCCGUUGGCGCCACCAUGGCUUCUCGGAAGAUGAUGCCGGAAGCAGAAGCCGAGCCAUCCAGCCUUGUGGUUGUGGCAUUGGCAAAUGCCUUUGCUUUAUCAGUGGCCGUUUACAUAUCGGCCAACAUAUCUGGCGGCCAUGUAAAUCCGGCCGUCACUUUUGGGAUGGCUGUUGGGGGCCACAUCACAAUCCCUAUGGCUAUCUUUUAUUGGAUUUCCCAAAUGCUAGCCUCUCUCAUUGCAUGUCUUGUGCUCAAAACCACGACAGUUGGACAGCAAGUCCCGUUUCACACGAUCCCAUCAGAAAUGACCGGAUUUGGGGCGGCCGUAAUUGAGGGUGUGAUGACUUUUGCUCUGGUUUACACAGUAUAUGCGUCAGCAGAUCCUAGGAGAGGGGCCAUGGGGGCAAUUAUUGGGCCAUUGGCAAUUGGGCUUAUAGUGGGAGCAAAUGUAUUGGCAUCUGGCCCAUUUACGGGAGGGUCCAUGAACCCUGCGUGUUCGUUUGGGGCUGCAGCUGUUGGGGGGAGUUUCAAGAACCAUGCGGUUUACUGGGUUGGGCCCUUGAUUGGUGCAGCUUUCGCAGGGGUGUUGUAUGAUAAUGUGGUGUUUCCUAUUCAAGUGCCUGAUUCUUUGAGGGCUAUUUCUGAUGGAGUUGAAGUUGGGGUUUAGUUCUUGGAUUUUUGUAGUAUGUGUUGCCAUUUGUUUGUGUUUCAUGGAUAAUGAUGUGUGCACUACUAUUGUACUGUUGUUGUUUGUUGUAGGAAG